UUACAGCGUUUGCAAACCGUGUCCUUGUAUUCAUCCGAUCUUGGCGGUCAUCAAGGAACAUCCCCACCUGGUAUGAAUAUUUAAAUAAAUCGUUUACGUUUAUUUAUAUUUUUUGAAUGUGGCUCUAAAUUGUUACCACACAUUGAUGGCGAGCCAAUGUGUGAGUUCCGGGUAUGUUCGGAUGGCGUCCUUUCUGUACACUAAGGUGUGGAGGGUGAAGGAGUUCGUUGGAAAGAGUGAAAGGGUAUUGCUGACUCCUGAUUUUGCCUUAAGGGUAUUGGAACCCAGAGACUCCAACUACAUCAUAGGCACCAAGUACGGCAAGGUUCUGAAAAACAUCUCGUUUAAUUCUCUAGCGACGGUAUUUGUCCCCGUACUGGUCAAAGAACAUUGGUGGGGUGUCUGUUUUGACAUUAAGGGGAAGGCAAUAAGAUUGAUUGAUUCGAUCUUCAAAAACCCAGCGGAGAAACAUGCCGAUAACCUUAAUGAUCUGGUUAAUGCAAUGGACACCAUGUUCGAGGUGAAUGUACCUGGAUACCAGACAGGGACAAUGAGAAAUUGGCGUACUGAGUUCAUCAACAUAGCAGGCAAUGUGGACAAUAAGUCGUGCGGGGUUAUAAUGUUAAGCUGCAUGAAGGCAUGUGCGCCUCGGUUCGUGGCACAGUAUGAAGUGCAUGAUUUGGUGAAAUUAAGAACGACCUUAAUGCUUGACGACUUGCUGUCGGAAUACAAUGACGUGACUUACGCCAUUCUUGAAGCAAUGCUGCCUCGAGCUAGGACAAGGGGGGGUAGUAGUGGUUUGCCCUAAACUGGUUCUUGGAUGAUUUGCAGGAUAAUGUGGGUGAUCAUAGUUGUUGGAUAAAUUGUUAUUAAUUUGUAAAUUUGGUAGUUGGAAGACUUUGUUGAAUAUUUAGGAUGUAUGUUGUUGGAAGACUUUAGGAUAAUAUUGCAUCAUGGAUAAUAUUGUUGUUGUUGUUGCGAUUUAGGAUCGAUUUAGGAUCAUGGAUAAUAUUGCAGUUGCAUCAAGAAUUUGUGAUCAUGGAUGGAUUGCAGGAUGAAUAUU